AUGUCGAUUAUGGGUCACUUCUUAGUGAUAGAGCAAGCUCACAACAGUCACCUUCAGGACUAUGUAGACGUCGGUGGCUUUGGAUACAGCGGUGAAAAUGUUUUGACAGCCAUAGUGGCAGGUUUAAUGAAGUACCAGAUUGUUCAAAAAGCAGCAACGAUUACUGCCAACAACGCUGCAAAUGACACUUGUGCGCACUUCUAUUUGACAAAUAUGAAAGUUUUAAAAGUGGAGGUCCAUCGCUUUUUGAAUGGCUGUCACCUCAUUCGUUGCCGCAACCACGUUUUGAACAAUUUAUUCAAGACAACAGAUAAACCUCUCAAGAUUUACAAAAAUAUCGGUAGGGUACUCAUCAAUUUAACGAAGCUGGCUAAAUUGCUUACAAAACUACCCUUUUAUGAGCGUCACUCUUCGAAGAGGGUUGCCACUGAUACCCGUCACAACAGGGGCACAAUGGUUGUCCAUUUGGAAGCAGUUUGA